GGAUCGCUACUCAGUCGCGGUUUAUCAACCGAGCCGUAACGAAAAUUCGAGCGGAGGUGCACGUCUCCGAACAAUCAUCGUGCCUCCUCCGUUCACCCUAAAUUUUGUCGUGAUAUCCGUCCUUUAACCCCCGGUAACCAUUCUAUUUCGAAUUACCUCGACAAACGAAUUCUAUAUUACGCGUCUAAGUGUCGUGAUCAUACAUCGAGCCCGCUCUUUAUCGAUUGACCACUCUAGUCUAGUCCAAGGAAUUGCGGAAUCACGAAGGGUUGAAGCAAAACUUGAGACACCGAAACUACGAAGAUGGCGGAUAAAUUAUACUACCCCAGUCCGGAGAUCGCGAAGAACGCGUACUGCAACAACAUGGAGCAGUACAGAAAGAUGCACGAGAAGUCCGUGAAAAAUCCAGGCGAAUUCUGGGGCGAGAUUGCGAAACAAUUCUAUUGGGAAACGCCGGCGCUCGAGGACAAGUUCUUCUCGUACAACUUCGACCUGAGUAAAGGGGAUAUUUUCAUAAAAUGGAUGGAGGGUGCUUCUACCAACAUUAGUUUUAACCUUCUAGACAAAAACGUGAAAAGUGGGAACGGCGAUAAGGUCGCGUUUUAUUGGGAGGGCAACGAUCCGGACGAUUAUUCGCGGCUGACUUACAGAAAACUGCUGGAGGAGGUAUGCCGAUUCGCGAAUGUUUUGAAGUCGAAAGGAGUGACGAAGGGGGAUCGUGUCGCUAUUUACAUGCCGAUGAUUUUGGAACUUCCAAUCGUGAUGCUCGCGUGUACAAGAAUUGGCGCCGUACACAGCGUAGUGUUCGGAGGAUUCUCGUCGGAUUCCCUGGCGGAGCGUAUCCUGGAUUCGAAAGCGAAAAUUCUGGUCACGGCUGAUGGUGUAUGGAGAGGAGAGAAGCUGUUGCUUCUAAAGACUAUUUGCGACGAGGCGUUGGGUAAAAUCAGAAAGCACGGCCAUGUGGUAGAGUGUUGCGUAGUAAUCGCGCAUCUGAAGAGAGUAAGCUGUCCACCGACUAACAAAGCAGACACAGGGAAAACGAAUGGAGUGAAUGGUGCAAGCGAUAGAAAUAAUCAGGAACUUCCUCAAAUCCCAUGGGAUGAUGAUCGAGAUGUUUGGUGGCACGAAGAAAUGGAAGAGGUGGAGAGCAGGUGUUAUCCUGUUUGGAUGAACGCGGAAGAUCCUCUUUUCAUUUUAUACACGAGUGGUUCGACGGGAAAACCGAAAGGUGUUCUUCAUACCACAGGCGGUUACUUAAUUUACGCAGCUACAACGUUUAAGUAUGUUUUCGAUUAUCAUCCUGGUGAUGUAUACUGGUGUACAGCUGACGUUGGUUGGAUCACUGGUCAUACUUACGUCGUGUAUGGUCCAUUGGCGAAUGGAGCUACUUCUAUUAUUUUCGAAGGUACGCCGUUUUACCCACAAAACGAUCGAUACUGGUCGGUCAUCGACAAAUACAAGGUUACGCAAUUUUAUACGGCGCCUACUGCAAUCAGAUCGCUUAUGAAGUUUGGCGAUGAUCUUUUGAAGAAGCAUGAUUUAUCUAGUUUAAGAAUUUUAGGUUCGGUAGGAGAACCGAUAAAUCCUGAAGCUUGGCUGUGGUUUUACAAUAAAAUUGGUCAUGGAAAAUGUAGCAUAGCUGACACGUUCUGGCAAACGGAAACUGGUGGCCACGUUAUCACUCCUCUUCCUGGUGCUACGCCAAUGAAACCAGGCUCUGCAACGUUUCCAUUCUUUGGCGUUUUACCAGAAAUUUUGGACGAAGAUGGUCAUCUAGUCGAGGGAGAAGGAGAAGGAUACCUUGUUUUCCGUCAACCUUGGCCUGGAAUGAUGAGAACUCUUUACGCAAAUCAUGAACGCUUCAAGAGUACAUAUUUCGAUAAGUUCUAUGGAUACUAUUGCACGGGAGACGGUGCUAGGCGUGAUGCAGAUGGUUAUUUCUGGAUAACCGGCCGUGUUGAUGAUAUGUUGAAUGUUUCUGGCCAUCUUAUGUCCACGGCGGAAGUGGAGAGCGUAUUAACCGAACAUUCUUCAGUGGCUGAGGCUGCGGUAGUUAGUAAGUCACAUCAUGUAAAAGGACAAUGCCUUUAUUGCUUUAUUACUCCUAACGAGGGUGCCGCAUUCGACAAGAAGCUUCAAGAUGAUCUUAAAAAGAGAGUGCGCGAUAGAAUCGGUCCUUUUGCUCAACCAGACGUCAUUCAACAUGCGCCAGGAUUGCCAAAAACUCGAUCCGGCAAGAUCAUGAGACGUGUACUUAGGAAAAUUGCGGCAGGUGAUAGAAAUGUCGGUGACAUAUCGACGUUAGCCGACGAGACGAUCGUCGAUGUUCUUUUCCAGUUGAGGCCGAAAGUUUAAGGAAAUUCCGUCGACGUAGCGAUCUUCAAUGAAAACGUAGUUGCUUAGAAAUGAAUGAUAAAAAUGACACGCUUCUGGUAAUCGUUAAGCGAGCAAGACUUUCGAGUCGUAGCCAUUGAAAAGAAUCACGCUAAAAAAAUUAUUGUUAAAACUCAGAGGAAAAGUGUAACUUUGCCGUGGUGCGGAGAAGAAUAAUUUUUAUCAGCAGAA